CAUGCUAAUUGUCUGCACCAGAGCCGGAGAACGCCACCCAAAAUGAAGAGAGAAAGGGGAGCCCCGUCCAGAGCCUUCAGUGCCCUGAGCCUCGCUCCUUUUGUCUACCUUCUUCUGAUCCAGACAGAGCCCCUAGAGGGGGUGAACAUCACCAGCCCAGUGCGCCUGAUCCAUGGCACGGUGGGGAAGUCAGCCCUGCUCUCCGUGCAGUACAGCAGCACCAGCAGCGACAAGCCCGUGGUGAAGUGGCAGCUGAAGCGGGACAAGCCAGUGACCGUGGUACAGUCCAUCGGCACAGAGGUCAUUGGCACCCUACGGCCUGACUACCGAGACCGCAUCCGCCUCUUCGAAAAUGGCUCCCUGCUCCUCAGUGACCUGCAGCUGGCCGACGAGGGCACCUACGAGGUUGAGAUCUCCAUCACGGACGACACGUUCACUGGAGAGAAGACCAUCAACCUCACUGUAGAUGUGCCCAUUUCGAGGCCACAGGUGUUAGUGGCUUCGACCACCGUGCUGGAGCUCAGCGAGGCCUUCACCCUCAACUGCUCCCAUGAGAAUGGCACCAAGCCUAGCUACACCUGGCUGAAGGACGGCAAGCCUCUCCUCAAUGACUCGAGAAUGCUCCUGUCCCCCGACCACAAGGUGCUCACCAUCACCCGCGUGCUCAUGGAGGACGAUGACCUGUACAGCUGUGUGGUGGAGAACCCCAUCAGCCAGGGCCGCAGCCUGCCCAUCAAGAUCACCGUAUACCGAAGAAGCUCCCUCUACAUCAUCUUGUCCACAGGAGGCAUCUUCCUUCUUGUGACCUUGGUGACAGUCUGUGCCUGCUGGAAACCCUCUAAAAAGUCUGGGCCUUCUCCGGCUCACACUCAACAGUUCUGUUCAGAGGAUGCUGGGUUGAUUUGCAGGAAGAAGAGGAAGCUGGAGAAGCAAAACUCCCUGGAAUAUAUGGAUCAGAAUGAUGACCGUCUGAAACCAGAAGGUGAGCUCCCAGCCACCCACUCACCCAUCCCAUCGUCACUCAGAUCAGUGGGCUGCUGGGAAAAGGCAGAACUGGGCCACCAGGAAGCCAGCUCUGCAGGGCCCCUUCCUCCACCAACUGUACGAAGACUGCAGAGCAGGGAAAGGUGCAGCCAAGCAGACACCCUCCCGCGAGGCGGCGAGCAGGAGCGGAAGAACCCCAUGGCGCUGUACAUCCUCAAGGACAAGGACUCCCCGGAGCCCGAGGACAGCCCCGCCGCCGAGCCCCGGGGCGCCGCCGAGCCCGGCCCGCCCGGCUACUCCGUGUCUCCGGGCGUCCCCGGCCGCUCGCCCGGGCUGCCCAUCCGCUCCGCCCGCCGCUACCCGCGCUCCCCGGCGCGCUCCCCCGCCACCGGCCGGACGCACACGUCGCCGCCCCGCGCCCCGGGCUCGCCCGGCCGCUCGCGCAGCGCCUCGCGCUCACUGCGGACUGCGGGCGUGCACCUGCUCCGCGAGCAAGACGAGGCCAGCCCGGUGGAGAUCAGCGCCUGAGCCGCCUCGGCACCCCCGGGGGCGCCCGGCCGAGCCCGGUGCCCGGGGGAGCGCGGCCCCCGCCCGCAGCGGACCAGCGGAGGGCCCCGCCCGGGCGCGCGGGUCCGGCUGGCGGGCGAGCGUGGGCACCGCGGGGGCGGGGGGGGGGGGCCCAGGAGGUGAGACCGUCCCGCUGGCUCCCGGGCCACCCGCUGUGUUCUCGGUGGGUGGGGGUUGUGCCCUCUUAGGACCACAUAGAUUAUUAAAUUUCCGGCCCAGCCCCCCUCCCCCAGGGUCUUAUGGAAACUAACAACAGUAACCUAACCCCCGGGACUAUCCCGUGCCCUUCCUAGGAGCUCUGCGCUUCCACCCACCCUCCUUCCCUCCCGGUUCCCGGGACACUUUUUUUUUGCUAGCUCGGCUUAGAGAGGCCACUUGCCCAAAAGGGACAACUAUCCUAAACUAGGGAAGUCAGAGGCCGGCUUCAAACCUAGGUUUGAAGAGGACUAUUCUGAGCACCCCGGGAAUCACUGAGAAGGCAGUGCCUUGGAGCACCCUUCUCUGGGUACCUACCGGUUGGUGAGGCAGAAGUCAAGUUCAUUCUUUUGACCCCCUGACCUGCACCCUAGCAAGGGCAAAGGAUUCAAGCUUGGCCUCCUCCCAAAACCUCCCUCACUGGAGUACCAAGCAUUCUUUCCAUCUCUAGUCCAAUAGAGAAGGAAGUUCUCACUCCUCUGACCCAGAAAGCUAGAUCAAGUGAAGAACCUUUUUUUUUUUUUUAAACCCUCACACCUAUGCCUUCUCCUUGGCUUCCUUACAAAACAAGCCUUUCAAACAAUCAUUAUCCCUGGGAAAGGUGGUUGGGCUUCCUUCAGCUGAGAGUAAGGUUCAAGUCUGCAGAGUAAUCGUGGGCAAGGGGAGGGGGCAGCUAAUUGCUCCCCAGGAUGGCAGGGAGACAAGAUGCAACCCUUGGCCUCCAGACUCCCACCUGUCCUGCUCCCAGCUGCUCAGAUCCCAGGAAACAGGACAAGGGCAGACUCUCAUCACACAAAUGUAGAAUAUGGAGAGGUUGGGCCAUGGCAUCGCCAGACCGUGCCUAUGUCACCGCCUCUUGAACAGAUUGCCCGAGAGACAAUAAGCUACUGUGUGAGGAGUGAUGGCAAUUAAAAAGCUGAAAGAGAAGGAGGGCUUCUGUGUUCUAACUUCUCUUCCCUGAUGCCUAUCCAAGUCCCUUGCAUCCCUGGCUCCUCCCCACGCUCCUAUGCUCCAGCCCUGACUCUCCACCAUCCCACAGAGAAAUCCCUGUGUUCCCCACUGCUCCACACGGGGCAGGUUUUGUUCCAGCCCCAAGGACGACAACAUUUCUAAUUGGCCCCCCCUGUCAGGGGCCAAUUACCUCGACAGCAUGCCCCUCCUGGCUCCCUGUCCCUAUGCACUUCUCCAGGCUCCUUUGAGUAGGUGUACCUUCGCAGCUUCCCUUAGCUAGCCAGAACUGUUCCCUUAACUUUCCCAGGUGCCUCAUCCAGAAUGAGAUCAUGCCUGCAGGGGACAGUUGCUCAGGCAGGUGUGAGGUGUGGGACUUGGGGGAGGGGUACAAGCUGCUCAGCCUUGGGAGACAGCAUUGAAGUGAGGAGGAAGUGAGAGCAUGCCACACUUCAUGCCUUGGUGCUGAAUCUCUGAGGGGCCAGCUUCCCAGGCUCAAGCCAAAUCUGCCUUAAAUCCGGGGGGGGUAAAAGUAAGGAAGUGGUUUUGCUUUUGGUUUUUGGUUUGUUUUGAUCUUCAUCUUUGUAUUACCAGCAUCUAGCAGAGUGCCUAGCACAUACUGGAUGCUCAAUAAACUUUUG